UGGCAACGCUACGAUGGAACGUUGUGUGCAUGAUUUCUAUGUACGUUUGCAGUUAUUCUUACGGAAAGUGUGUGUGGCCAGUCUAAAUGUUUUAACGUUCAAACAUUCUACUCUCAAAAAUUGAGUAAAAAGUUUAAUGCUAUAUUUGAAUAGUCAUGAGUCGUAAAGAAGCUUUAUCGCAAUUUAUUCAACAAAUUCAUGGCAGACCUGUAGUUGUUAAAUUAAAUAGUGGCGUCGAUUACAGAGGUGUAUUAGCUUGUCUCGAUGGCUACAUGAAUAUAGCAUUAGAACAAACGGAGGAAUAUGUUAAUGGACAAUUAAAGGACAAGUAUGGUGAUGCUUUUAUACGUGGUAAUAAUGUAUUAUAUAUCAGUACACAAAAGCGUAGAACAUAGCUAUGAAAUAAAACAAUUUAUUUAAUAAUUAUACUUUUUUAUAAUGAACAUAAAUGAAAUCAAUUUUUAUGUUAGUAUUAGACAAGUAAUAACAUAAAUGUAUGAUAUUAAUUUCUUUUAUGUAAGGAAUAAAGUUAAAAAAUAAAUUAUUAAGGGAUAUCAUAAA